UCCACUCGGUAGAAAGGAAAACACGCGCCGCUACAAAAAAAAAAUAACUUUAAUGGUGCCAUCUAACGAUAUUUAUACGAAACGACAUUAUGCCGGUCUGUGGUAAACAAUGACAGGUAUAUCUGUUUGCAGUAAAUGCGACGUUAUUCAAAACCGCAUUGCAACAUAUCAAAAUAUCAUUCGAUCAUCGCAAUGAUGGAGAGUAAUAAUCAAGGACAAAUAUUUGAUAAUGAAAGAUUAAGCGGCAUACACGCGAACGAGAAUGAUGGCAGUUUAACAAAGAAGGUUUUAUCCAUAAGAAGUGAGGAGAGCAUUCUUUAUGAAGCGUCGAAACAAAUUGAGAAUCUUGUGAAAUUGAAUGUAGAAACAAAAAAUAAUGCCAAAAAAAUAAACAAUUAUAAUAAAACUGAUACUAUAGAUUGUUCAGAACAAACAGAAUUGAAAAAACAAGUUCAAACUGGAGAAAUUACACCAUUUCAGGCAAUUGAAAAACAGUCUGAUUUGUUAAAAACUAAGGGAACAUUUAAUAAAACUUCACAUUUACUUGAUCUUGAAAAGUACCUUCGACAACAGGCUGAACUUGCUAAACAAAAAAAACAGUUGAAAAAAGAUUCAAAGGUACCUGAGCAUAAAAAUCAUCAUGUAACGUCAAUUAAAAAAUUAAAACUUUCAAAUACUAGCUCUAAAGAACUUAAAAUAACAGAAGAGAAAACAAAAAUCAAAGCUAACAAAAGAAAAUUGGUUCCUGAAUUUGGUCAAUCAAAAAAUUUAAAUAAGAAGAACGAUAUCAAUUAUGAAACAGAAAAUAGAAAAUCUGAUCAAGUUGAAAAUUCUAUCAAAGAGAUCGAACAUUCCAGCAAUGAAUUAAUUCUCUGUAAUGCUUCCAAAGAUAAUAUUAAAGAAACAUUGACUAAAAAUGCAACAAACAUUAAAACUGUAGAUGUAACCAGUGAUUCUGAAAGUGAAUAUGUACCAAGUGAUGAACAAAUUGAAUCAGAAAAUGAAAGGAGAUCAUCUAAGAAAAGGAAAUCUCUUAACAGAUUCAUUCGUACAAAAAGAGUUUUGGAUGAUGGAAAUGAAGCAAUCUAUAGAGAAAGGGUGCAGAAAAGUGGUUAUCCAAAGGAUGAAUCAUUGCACAAAGUAGAUAAUUUAUUUAAAGUUCCACAAUGCAUAUGGAAAAAAUUAUAUAAAUAUCAAAGAGUGUCUGUACAAUGGUUGUGGGAAUUGCAUCUUCGUGGUUUAGGUGGAUUACUAGGUGAUGAAAUGGGAUUGGGAAAAACUGUUCAAGUAAUUGCAUUUCUUGCAGGUUUAGAUUGUAGUGAAUUACUAUCUGAUGGUGGAAGAUUUAGAGGUUUAGGACCAACUAUAGUUGUUUGUCCAGCUACUCUAAUGGAACAAUGGGUGAAGCAUUUUCACGAAUGGUGGCCUAUUUUAAGAGUAGUUAUUCUACAUCAAUGUGGAACUUAUAACGGUAAUUUAGAGUAUUUGAUGCACUCUUUAAAAUCUGAUGGUGUACUAAUUACUUCUUAUUCUGGUAUGCUCAUACACAAAGACUUACUUCUAGCCAAUCAAUGGCAUUAUGUCAUACUCGAUGAAGGUCAUAAAAUAAGAAAUCCACAGGCAAAGAUUAGCAAAGCAGUAAAACAAUUCUCUACACCACACCGACUUCUGUUAACUGGUAGUCCCAUGCAAAACUCCUUAAAAGAACUAUGGUCCCUAUUUGACUUUAUUCUACCUGGGAAGUUAGGCACUUUGCCUGCAUUUUUAGAGCAUUGCGCAACUCCUAUAACUCGCGGAGGAUAUACAAAUGCUUCUCCCCUACAAGAAGCCAUUGCGCUUCAAGUUGCUACAAUGCUUAGAGAUGCUAUUACGCCGUAUAUGCUCCGAAGAACAAAAAAUGAUGUACAACAUCAUCUUAAUCUACCAGAAAAGAAUGAACAGAUAUUAUUUUGCAGUUUAACGGAAGAACAAAAAAAAUUAUACAAAGAAUAUUUACGUUCUGCAGAUGUUAGUUUCAUUUUGCAUGAAAAAAAUCAUUCAGAAAGUAGAAGAUAUAAAGCUCGCCUUCUUGUAGCAUUGUCAGCUCUCAGGAAAAUAUGUAAUCAUCCUGAUUUGUUUCUUUAUACGAGUCCAGUUGAUUCAGACGAGGAUAUUGAUGUAUCAAAUGAAGCACUGGAAAAAUUUGGAUAUUGGAAACGCUCCGGCAAAAUGAUCGUGGUUCGAUCUCUUCUCAAAAUUUGGAAAAAACAAGGACAUAGGGUACUACUCUUUACUCAAGGAAGACAAAUGAUGCAUGUUUUAGAAUCUUUAGUACAAAGCGAAGAAUACUCUUAUUUAAGAAUGGAUGGAAUUACUUCUAUGUCACAGCGACAAGAAACAAUUCGCUUGUUCAACAAGGAUCCAUCAUAUUUUGUUUUUUUAUUAACUACGCGUGUUGGAGGUUUGGGUGUUAAUUUGACUGGAGCAAAUCGAGUGGUUAUUUAUGAUCCAGAUUGGAAUCCAGCAAUUGAUGCUCAAGCAAGAGCUCGUGCAUGGAGAAUUGGACAAAAUAAAAAAGUCACUAUUUAUAGACUUAUCACUGCUGGUACUAUUGAAGAAAAGAUGUAUCACAGACAAAUUUUUAAAAUACUUCUUGCAAAUAAAGUUUUAGAAGAUCCAAGUCAACGUAGAUUAUUUAGAACUUCCGAUUUAGUUGAACUUUUUAAUUUUAAUGAAUCCAUUGAUAAUUCUAAUGAGACUGAUCAAUUAUUCCGGAAGUCUAAAUUAGUCGCUUCGCCUGUCAAAUUUUCAACUAAUAAAAUUGAAAAAAUGCGGAAACUAGCAGCUACGCUUAGUAAAAAUAUAAGUCAGAAUACCUCAAACUCUACACCUAUAGUACAAAUAGUGAAUGCUUCAGAGAGUCAUUGUCUUUCAAAUUGCCAUAAUAACAAUAUCGACCAAGAUGUUUUAAAAGACAAUAAUCAAAUAUAUAUAAAUAAUAUAACAAAACAAAAUGUUAAAAACGACGGUAAUUUUCAUAAAAGAAAUGAUACACCUUCUUCUGAAAGUAAAGAUCAUAUAUUAACAAAUAAAUUAAAUUCUAAUACUAAGAUAGAUGAAACUUCAAAUGAAGCUAUCAUACAACAUCUACCUAGUGAGCCUAAUAUAUCUGAAGGUUUAAAUAAAAGUAACGAAACAGUUUCGUACAAUACGAAUAAAGAUACAUCGUCAAAAAUAAAUAAAACACAUUCCAGAAAAAGAAAAAAAAAAAGUUCACGAUCAGAAGAGCAUAUUACUUCGGCUAUUUUUGAAGGCGAACGUGUCUCACAUUUAAUUGGACGACGUCUUGAACGUUCCUCAACAGAACUUAAUUUAAUUGAAGAUGAUCAGUACGUCUUAGAGAAGUUAUUCGCCAAAGCAAAUGUAACUUCUGCUUUUCAACACGAAGCAGUAUUAUCAAAUUCAGGAUAUAGUUCUGAUGAUAAAAACCCAAUGCAACGAUUAGCACGUGAAACAGCGCAAGAAAAUAUGGACAGUAUUCGUAAAUCUCGUAAAUGGUGUUGGAAACCCAUGUGGGAGUCUAUAUCACCAAAGAACUAAUUUAUAUAUAUAAAAAAUAACGCUUUGUUUAAUACUAAAUAUAAGUAAGUAGAACACAAUGAACAAUUAUGAAAUACAUAUUUUUUUAAGAAUUCAAACAAUUUUUUUCAUAUUCACAUAUUUCU